GGAUAAAGUGUGAAUCUUAUCUGCAACACACACACACACAUUUAUUCAUACAUUUGCUGUUCAUAACAACAAGAGAGCGAGGAAACACAAUGUUGAGCCUCUCCGUUGCUUCACCUUCUUCUUCAACAACUUCAUUUCUUCCAAAACCACUACAAUUCAAAACCUCUUUCAAUGGCAUUCGCCUCCGUCAACCAACCACCUGCACAAUUCCAUCCACCAACCGCCUCUCAGUAGUGAUGAUGGCAAAAAGAGAAGAGCAAUUGAAGGAAAUUAGAACAAAAACCACCGAACAAAUCAACGAUGAGGUUGUUGAACUUAAGGGAGAGUUGGUCAUGCUUCGUCUUCAGAAAUCCGCUCGUAAUGAUUUUAAGUCUAGCGAUUUCGGUAAAAUGCGCAAGACGAUUGCUCGCUUGCUUACUGUGAAGCGGGAAAGAGAGAUCGAGGAGGGCAUUGGUAAGAGGUUGUCCAGAAAGCUUGAUAAACAAUGGAAGAAAAACAUCGUUGUAAAACCACCUCCAACUGUAUUGAGGCUUCGGGCCGAGGAAGAGGCUGCAGAAGCUGCGGAAGACUAGAAGCCUGCAUGAGCUAAUGUAUUAAAUAUGCAAGUUAUAGAGUUACAUGGUUAAAAUUGUUGUUAGUCCUUGUUUUUAUUGUUUUGGUGGACGUUGUCAUCUGGUUGUAUAAUAGUAGUAUCUUGUUUGUAGUAAUCUACAUUUCUUCCUUCCGUAAUGUUUUAUGCCUUUGUAUUUUGUAAGAAAAGAGACAUGGUUAUCAAAAUCAUAAUUGACCGGCUUCAAAAUAUGGUAAA